UUCAACUCCCAAAAUUCAGUUGUUAAGUUAGUACCAAAGGCAAAUCUGGCUUCCCCAUUAACUUUGCUUGUCAGAAGUUCACAAACGGGGAUUACACGUGACCCCGGGACACUGCAACCAUCAUAAAUAUGAGUCAGUUGCCAACCCUCUGAAUUUCGAUCACAUGAUGAUGGGGAUGCUGCACAGCUUGUAACUGUGAAAAAUGGUCGUUAACCAAAAUAUGGGUCUCUUCACUUACUUCAGCCUUGGUUUCCUUGGACUCCUGAUUGCCAAUCCUUUCUUGGAAGCUGAAGCUGACACCUGUGCCAAGGAAUGGCUGCAAAAUCAGGGUAACUGUUAUGCUUAUUUUGAUCAUAAAUUGACCUGGCAAGAAGCUGAGAUUGAGUGCCAGAGCUAUGGCUGUGGAGCUCAUCUCGCCUCUAUCCUCACCAAAGCUGAGACUCUUCUAGUGGCUGAGCAUAUCUCCACUUACCAACAGGAGUUAGGCAACGUCUGGAUUGGUCUUCAUGAUGUCCGCCAGACUGGAAGGUUGAGGUGGGCUGAUGAGUCAAUUUACAACUACAAGGCCUGGAUGAAAGGUCAACCAGACAAUUAUGGUAACGCUGAGCACUGUGUGGAGCUGCGACUUUCUACAGGUUUCAAAGAAUGGAAUGAUUCCCCAUGCCAGAACCUCAAUGCUUACAUCUGCAAGCGUGAGCUGUAGAGAUGUCUGUACCCACUGCUUGUGGAGAUGCCAUUGGAAUGGAUGAUGAUAAACCAGGAUACUUUGUGGAUGCCUCUUUUAUGCCAUUCAUUACCACCCUCCACCCUAUUGGAUGGAAGCCCAGCUCUUAUCUAUCCGCUUUCAAAAUCCUCCCUCGGAAGAGAUGACUUGGAUAUAUCCUUCUUCUUGUUACUCUUAUCAGCCACAGUGUCAUGCAA